CGAGUCGACUUACUUAUGGUUAAACAAAAAAAUUUCCCUCCUUAUUAAAAUCAUGAAGUUGCGACCUCCGCCGAGCGUUUCCUCCCUUUCUCUAUUUUCAUUCUGAUUUGUGUGCGCUGCUCUUCGUCUUCUUUCUCCUCCUCGUUUGAUCUGGUGUUCUUUACCAUUUUCUGCCCUAAUUCUCUCUUCAUCCUCACUCAUUUUCCUUUUAAUUUUGUUUUUGUUCUUGUUACUGUUCUGGUUCUCGUUGUUGAUUAUUGUUAUCGGGUUCGUUUACUUUCGCAUUCUUUGAUCAAAUUGAUGUUCUUCGUUUCAUGCAAAAGGUUUCGUUCCUUUUCCCUGUUUUGAUGGUUUGUUGAUCGAUAAUUACACUUCUCCAUAACAGACGAGACGCUGCAUUUCAUUUUAUCAUAAACCCUAAUUGACGAAAGAAUUGAAAUUUGUGUUUUUUCUUGUUGGGUUGCAACUUAAUUGGGGGUUUCUAAGUCAGGAUUUUACUCAUUUGGAGGCGUCGUUGAGAUGUGCUAAUACUUGGGGUUUCUUCUAUGGCACCGGUUGUUCCAACAGCUUACACUGGACAAAAGGAAUCCAAGAAUUUUUCUCACAAAAUGAUAGGAAAAUCUAGAAGUUUUUCCAUGGGAAAUCAUAGGGGUCUUGUUUCUGAUUAUCGUCAUGCUGUUGAACUAACUGCGGAAUCUGAGGGGUUUGGGAGCUCAGGACGUGUUGACACUGAGAUGACUAUCUCUGAGGAUUCUUGUUCUCCCAAGAGGAAAUGUAUCAGUUUAAAUGGGGAUAACCAUGAUCAGUUUGGGUUUCCAAUGCAAGUUCAUUCAUUUUCUAAGAUGUCCAGGUCGGAAAGGAAGGAUUUAAUGAUUAGGUUAAAGAGGGAGCUUGAAGAUGUACAGCUUUUACAGAGGAAAGUCUUGUCGUUUAGCACGAGUGCUGUUGUUUUAUCACCAGCAAGUGAUAUUCGUAGUUGCAGUGAUGGGCAGAAGAGGCCUCCACUUGAGAAUACUCCAAGACCACCACCUGUACAUCCUGUGAAAGGGAAGAAACAGCCUCCUGGGUCUGCAGGGCGUAAUGGGGCUCGUAUGAAUAAGAAAUUGCCUGGGCAGAUCGAUACUAAGAAGCAAGUUGCUUCGGUUAAUGCUUCAAACCCAAUGCUGAUGAAACGAUGUGAAACCCUCUUGAAUUGGUUGAUGGAACAUCAGUAUUCUUGGGUUUUUAAUGAACCAGUUGAUGUUGUCAAGUUGAAUAUUCCUGAUUAUUUUACUGUAAUCAAGCAUCCCAUGGAUUUGAGUACUGUAAAAAGCAAGUUAAGUAGAGGGGAAUACACUAGUCCAUUGGGAUUUGCUGCAGAUGUCAGGCUUACCUUUUCAAAUGCAAUGACAUACAAUCCCCCUGGAAAUGAUGUUCAUUUUAUGGCUCAAACUUUAAGUAAACAUUUUGAACAGAGGUGGAAAGUGAUUCAGAAGAAAAUGUCAACAAGUACAGAUUUUCAAGUAUUGCCUUCACCGGUGCAACCUCCUGUACGAAACGAACCGGUGACAGUCGCCAAUCAUAUUCCUCCUUCCAAGAAAAAGAAGGUUGCCCCUGUUGUGGGACAUACAGUGAAGUCAGAACCUAUUAAGAGGGUAAUGACAGACAGUGAGAAGCAUAAACUGAGCACUGAAUUGGAGGCUUUGCUUAGUGAAUUGCCAGACUGUAUAAUCGAGUUUUUGAAAGAAAGCAGUUCUGGUGCUGGGGAAAAUGGUGAGGAGGAAAUUGAAAUUGAUAUUUUUACUCUUGGUGAUGAUGUCUUAUUUAAGCUUAGAAAGUUGUUAGAUGACUUCUUGUUGGAGAAAAAGAAGAACCAAACAAAGGCCGAGCCAUGUGAAAUGGAGCUAAACAAUGAGUCGGGGUUUAGCAAUUCAUCAAUUCAAGCUGCAAAAGGCAAUGAUGCAGUUGAUGAAGAUGUAGAUAUUGGGGGUAAUGACCAUCCCAUUUCAAGUUUCCCUCCAGUAGAGAUAGAUAAGGAUACAGUCAAUAAAAGCAAUAGAGGUGGUAGUCCUAGCAGUUCCAGCAGUGACUCCGGCUCAUCAUCUAGUGAUUCAGAGUCUGGCAGUUCUAGUAGUGAAUCUGAAGGUGCAAGAGCUUUGCCUCCAGCAAACAAGUUGCAGUCAACUUUGGAUGGCAAACCAAACGUGGACCAGGUACAUAAUGACCUUGGCCAGGAAGUUGGCAGAAAUACGUCUCGAAGUAGCUUGAGCCAAGUUGAUCAAAGUUCUCUGACUAAGCCUCUAUUAAUUGAGGUGGAUGGCCAUAAAGAUGGGGAGAGUGCUCCAUCUGAGAAGCAAGUCUCCCCAGAUAAGCUAUACCGUGCUGCUUUAUUGCGGAGCCGAUUUGCUGAUACAAUUCUCAAAGCUCAGGAAAAGACUCUUGAAAAGGUUGAAACACGAGAUCCAGAAAAAUUAAGGCUGGAAAGGGAAGAGCUUGAGAGAAGGCAACGAGAAGAAAAGGCUAGACUACAAGCAGAAGCCAAGGCUGCAGAAGAGGCACAAAGGAAAGCUGCAGCUGAAGCUGCCGCUGAAGCCAAAAGGAAAAGGGAGUUGGAGAGGGAGGCUGCACGUCUUGCACUGCAGCAGAUGGAGAAAACAGUUGAUAUUAACGAGAAUUGUCGGUUCAUGGCGGAUCUUGAGCUGCUCAGUAGCACUCCUGCUGAUAAUCUGACGACUUUUACUACAAGCCCAAAUAACUCUCAAAAUGGCGGUAUGGGUAGUUUCAGAUUUCGAGGAAACAGCAAUCCCUUGGAACAACUUGGUUUAUACAUGAAAAACGACGAUGAAGACGAAGACGAAGUUGAGGCCCCACAUAAUCCUCCAGAUUCUGCACCGGAUGUCGAGGAGGGAGAAAUUGAUUGAUCAAACUCUAGUAUUUUCCCGAUGUGCAAAUAUAGUUUAAGGUAAUGAAGAACUACUUUCCUAGAGUAUGUCUCGCCGCAUCAUGUACGACUAAUCCACUUACAUGGUUAUGCCUGCUGGCUAUGCUGGGACCUGGUUCGUCCAGUCGUACAUCUCCGCUUUGAACCUCUUUGCAACUACUCAAAACGGAGUGGAGUUUCGCUUGGCAAGUAAAGUGCCCUUGAUGUUAUCGGUCGAGCUUCGGGUUCGUUUUUUCGUUUUUGGUCUAAGCAAUGCUGUGGGUGAAGUUAGCCGAUUAAUCCGGCUUUUUUUUUUGCUCUUUUUUAUUUUUUCCUGUAAAAAAAAAACAGAUUCAUUUGUAACUUGAACCAUGGCACUGCUCCAGAAUCAAGGGGUUGCGUUAUUAUAACAUCAGGGACUUUAUUCUUGGAACCUUUUAAUCUUGUUUCUUUUCAAGUUUCCGGCUAUUGUUUUCCUGAGUACUUUUUGAUGGGUCUGAAUUUGGGUCUGGAUCUGAAAUCUUUUUUAUUUUUCUAUUAAUGGUACGAGUAUAUUAGAGGCGGUUUUUCUAUAAAACUUAUGACGUCUACAAUGACAACUACAAUAAUAUAUAUUAAAAGUUAGUUAAUUAUAUAUUUUUUGAAUGAAGAAAAUUAUAUUUGUGCAUAUUUAAGGGUGACUAUUAUUUUUUGAAUGA